GGGAUGGCUCUGCACAGUUUCAUUCUCUGGGUCUCAUUAGCCUCGUUGAUGAAUGCUGCUGGAGUUUAUGCUGACUGCUGGCUCAUUGAAGGGGAGAAAGGAUUUGUGUGGCUGGCCAUUUGUAGCCAAAACCAACCACCAUACGAAUCCAUUCCUCAGCACAUCAACAAUACCAUAGUGGACCUCCGGCUGAAUGAGAACAAGAUCAAAAGCGUCCAGUAUUCCUCACUCAAUAGGUUUGGUAACCUGACGGAACUCAAUCUGACCAAGAAUCAGAUUUCUUACAUUGAGGAUGGAGCCUUCUCAGCCCAGUACAACUUGCGUGUUCUGCAACUGGGAUUCAAUAAACUUCGGAACAUCACUGAGGGAAUCCUGCGGGGGCUGGGCAGGCUCGAAUAUCUCUAUCUCCAGGCCAAUCUUAUUGAGGUGGUGAGCCCCAAUUCCUUUUGGGAAUGUCCCAAUGUAAUGAACAUCGACCUGUCCAUGAACCGGUUGCAAACCUUGGAAAGUUCCACCUUCCUGGGUCUCGGCAAACUCACCACUUGUGAACUCUAUGGCAAUCCAUUUUAUUGCUCCUGUGAUCUGCUGGGCCUCCUGAAAUGGCUGGUUCAGUUCAACAACACCACCAGGAGUUAUGAUCGAACGCAAUGUACAUCUCCUUCAGAUUUUGCUGGGUAUCUUUUACUGAACCAGGGCCAGGCCAGUUCCAAGGAUGCCUUGAGUGUACUCGCUUCAAUGUGCAAUGAAGACCUUGACACUGUUGAUCCCAGGUUUAUCUUCACACAGAAACCCUCAACUACUACUGUCCCAGAAAGUCCCUGUGAAGCUGAAGAUUGUCCAUCAGGUGAAGAGUCUACACCAUUAAUAUCCUUCCAGACCCCCAUCAUGAAUGUCGACGAUACACCAAUAAUAAAAUUAAAAGAGAUCACCUACACAACAGCAACCCUUCUGGUCCAUAUUCCACUCCCUAAUAGGAAAGAAAACAUUCUGGUACAAUAUAACAACAGCAUGUAUACAGACAUAAAGAACCUAGCCACAGAAAAGGAGGAAAUUAAAAUUGAAGAAUUAAUUCCCCAUACAAAUUACACAUAUUGCGUGACUUCCAUUCAAAAUUCACUGAGAUACAAUCAAACUUGUGUCACCUUUUCUACAAGGGCUAAGGCCAAAGCAAAGCCAUUGCCAGCCACUUCCAAUACCACUCAUUACAUCAUGACCAUUCUCGGUUGCCUCUUCGGGGUAGUUAUCAUCUUGGGUGUCAUCUAUUACUGUCUGCGUAAAAAAAAAGAGGAACAAGUAAAGAACAAGAAAUCGGGAAACGCAAAGAAGACAAUCAUUGAGCUGAAAUACGCCCCAGAGUUGGAGACCAUCACCAUCACCCAAAUGGCACAGAAGCCAGUCCCACCCUCCGACAUGAUGUCAUCCAGGAUGCCUUUCCUGCCUUCAGCAGGGGAUCUGGAAGAGUACAAUCUCCGGGAGGUGAUUGAAAGUCCAAAGCUCAGUCGAGGAAACUAUAUGGAUGUGAGGUCAGGUGAACAUCAAUAUCACAGAGACAUUCUGGAGAGUAUGUUUGGAGAGAGUCAGGACUCUGCUGCUGAAAUAUCAACCAUAGCAAAAGAAGUGGAUCAAGUGAACCUGAUCAUCAAUAAUUGCAUUGAUGCUCUGCAGACAGAGUCCAGUUCCUUCAGAGGUCCCAGUGCUAGGACCUUGGCACCAGUGGAACCCCAGGACUUUUUGGUUUCUGAACAGUCCCAGAGCAAAUCAGGGUUCCUGUCCCCUAUUUACCGGGAAAGCUACCACCCACUAAAGAGACACAGCAGUAUGGACGCAGCAACCAAAUGUCCCAGCAUCUCUUCCAACUGCUCCGUGCGCAGCCCUCGAUCAGUGCGUUCUGAGAUUUAUGCUGGCCCCAGGUACAAAUCAGAGGCGAAAUACAUUGAAAGGACCUCUCCAACACGCAGUGCCAUCCUGAGCGGAACCCCAUGUCGAAUUGUGAGAUCAGAAACGGCGCAAAUGCAGCCCUACAGUGAUCACUCGCACCUUUAUGCCGGCUUGCAUCAUGGAGAGCGAAAGCAGAUGAGGAGUCCAAGCCCAUGUGUCCUUGAAGCCCUCCCGCGAUCUCGAUCCAAGAGAAAUUUGGCCUACACUCAGUUCUCCCCCCAGUACCACAGCGUCAGCUAUGCCUCCAGCCCAGAAUACUCCAGCAAACCCUCUAAGGGGGUCUGGGAGCGAUACAAACCUCAUGAGAAGUGGCACAGGAAAGAUGAAUACCUCGCUGCAGGGUAUGCGCUGAGGAAGAAAGUGCAAUUUGCAACAGAUGAGGACUUGCAUGAUAUUCUAGAUUACUGGAAAGGAGUUUCCAGCCAGCACAAAUCUUGA